AUGGGCACUAUACAUAAUAAAAGCUAUUUAGAUAUAUUGAAAUACUACAGUAAAGAUGAAAUCAGAAAAAGAGAUAACGAUGUUUGCUUUAAUAAUGAAGACAAUAAAGAAAAUAAAAAAUUAUUUACACCAAAUAAUAAUGCACUAAAGUUAAAUGAAAAUGAAUUUUUCUCACUACUUUUGAAAGAUGAAAUUAAACAAAAACAUAAAAAUUGCUCAGAUAUGCAAUAUAAUAAAAAUAUAAACAAUAAUAAUGAAAAUAAUUUAUAUGGAAUAUAUAUUAAUCAGUUUGAUGGUUGUAAACUAGCAAAUAAACUAAAAAAAGAGCAUACAAAAAAAAAAAAAUAUAUGAAAAAAGAGCAUUCAUUUAUUAAUAAGAAAUAUAUAAAAUUAGAAAAUUAUUUUUUAAAUAACAAAAAUCCCAAAUUUUGUACUAUUUGCUUUCAUAAUAAUAAUAUAGAAUAUCUUGAAAAAUGCAAAGGAUGUUCUUUAUAUUUUCAUGUACAUUGUUAUAAGACAUUUUGUGAUCAUUUUAAUUUAGACAGAUUUCUAUGUGAUGUUUGUAUAGAAACUAAUUAUUAUACUAAUAAAAAUCGAAACAAUUACCUAUCCAUUUUAGGGGAUAAAAAAAAAUACAAUUUUUCAUAUCCUAUAAUAUAUGAUUCGGAUAAUAGUGAAAAUGAUGAAUUAUACAAUGGACAUGAUGAUGUAUAUGUAGCUAAUUUCUUUGGAAAAAUAAAUAAUUUAAAUUUUCAAAAUGAUGAAGAUAAAAAAACACAAAUAAAAAAACAUAAAAAAUUAUAUACUAAAUAUUUGAGUGAUCAUGAACUAUGCGAUUCAAACAAAUAUAUGAUAAAAGUAAAAGAAAGCUAUUUUUUAAAAAAAAAAAAUAAGAAAAAAGAUGAAUUCCCUUCAGUUUGUAACAAGUCAAAUAGAAUUACCUAUAAUGAGAAAGAAAAUUGUGAGGGAAUUGAUAGUGAUUGCUAUAGUGAUGUAUAUUAUUCUGAUUCCCAAUUUGAUAGAAAUAUUUUAAAUUUUUUUGGAAUUUAUAAUAAUUCAUUUUCCACAAACCAUUCCUCAAUAAUCCGAAAUAAUAAAGAUAUAAUAAAAAGAUUAAAAGAAAGUCAAAAAAUGAUUUCUAACAUGUUUCCUGAAAAAAUAAUAAAACAAAAUAAAAAUAAUAAGAGUAAUUAUAUCCAUUAUAUUCAAUAUAAAAUGAGACGAAAAAUACGUCGUGAAAUUCGGAAAGAAAUUAAAGAAUUUAAUAAGUGCAAAACUGAUAAUAUUAGUGAAUUGGGUGGUGAAUAUAAUAACAAAGUUAAUGAUUAUUGGAAAGUGAAUAUUGUAUGUGAUAUAUGUAACAAAUCAAACAAUGAUGUAAUAAUGAAAAAAGGAAAAAAUAAUAAAUGGUUCCAUAUAUGUUGUUUAUAUUAUAAUAAUAUAACAAAGAAUAAUUCAAUUGCUGAAAUUUAUUUUGAAUAUUUUUUUUUUAAUUAUUAUAAUGAAGAUUAUUUUGUCAAUCUAUAUGGGAGAAUAAAAACAAUAAAUGAAAUAAUAAUAAAAAAAAUAAAAGAACAAUUACUAAAUAAAUAUAAUAUAUUAAUACAUAGCCACUCAUUUAACUUCUUGUUAAAUCCAUAUUAUUAUAAUUUAACUCUUAAACAAAUUAAAAAUAUAAUUUAUUAUAAUUUUAUUUUAAAGAAAAACUUUAUAUAUCAGACAAGUGUGAAUAAUAAUACAAUCCCUUAUUUAAGGUUGAAACAUGAAAAAAAUGAGAAUGUAAUAUCAUGUAGACAUAAUAACAUCGUCCAUCUUAAAAAUUUAUCAUCUCAAAAUAUUUAUAAUUUAAAAAAUGAAAAACAAAUAAAAGAAUCUUAUAAUUAUGUAUUUAUAACUACUGAUAAAAGUUCUACAGAAAGUGCAAAUGAAACUUGUAGUUAUAAUAGUGAAAAUGAAAAUAAUGAGAAUUGUCAAUUAAAUCAAGGAAGUUACAUUAUUAAUAAUAAAAAAAUAGAAAUAAAAAAUUCAGAAAUUGGAGAGAACUACGAAGAAAUAUAUGAAGAAGAAUUAAUUGAUAAAAAUGAAUCUAAAAAAGACAAUGAUUCUAUGUAUUGUAUAGAUACAAAUAAUUGUACUAUAAUAAACGAUGGAAGUUAUUUUUGUGAAGAUGUGUUAAAUAUAAUAAAUAACUUUAAAAAAAGUGAAUUUAAUGAUAACAUGGUUAAACAAAGUGAAUAUAAUAACAUGUUUAAAGAUAUUGAAAAACUUAUAUAUAAACGAGAUUUUUUAAAUUUAAAUAUAAUAAAAAUAAUCAAAGAAAAAAUAAUUGAAUCUAUAAAAAUUAACAAUUCUAAAAUUUGUAUAUUUUGUAAAAAAAGUGCAGGAAUUAAAACAAAAUGUAUGUAUCCUUCAUGUUUUGAAUAUUUUCAUAUAUAUUGUUAUUUUAAAAAUUUUUUCAAUUCUUAUAAAAAAAAAAAACAAUUGAAUUAUUUUAAGAGAGAUCUCAAAGUGUUUACUACUAUAAUGAAAAAACUUAACAAAUCUGAAACAAAAAAAGGGGAAAAAAAAGGAAACAAAAAAAGAAUGUGUAACUCAUUAAAAAAAAAUAUUGAAAUUCUUCAAAACGAUGAAAGUAAUGGGAUUUUGGAAGCUACUAAUUAUGUAGACAAAGAAAGUCAAGAUAUAUAUCUUUGUGAAAAAAAAACAAAAAAACGACGCAAUGAAUCGAAUUUAAUAAAUAAAGGUGAACCUGUAGAUGUUAAAAAUGAUUCUAAAAAAAACGAAUAUAUUGAUUGUAAUAAUAAACAUGUUAGAAAAAUUAGAAAAAAAGUAGAAGUAACUCAAAAUAAUGGAGAUGGAAAUAACACAAAUAAAUGUAUAGAUAACCCAAACAAUUAUAAUUAUGGAAAAAUAAAUCACAAUAUCGAAAAUAAAACAGUGGAAAAAAAUGAUAAUAUAGAUACAUCAAAAUUAAAAAAUAUAAUUAACAAAAAUGGAAUAAAUGAAUAUUUUACAUAUGAUAUAAAACUUAAAAAAAAUCAAAAAGAUGAGAAGUUACAUAUUUUAGAAAAUGGUGAUGAAAAUAUUCUAAAAAAACAAAAAGGGGUAACUAUACCUAUAGCAUAUAAUAAUACAAAUGUUAAUAUAAUUAAAAAUAAUGAAAUAUAUAAUAAUUUAAUUGGAAUAAACAUGAAAAAGACUGGAAAUAUAUUUAUUCCAAAUAAUUCUGGAACUAUAAAAGGAAUUCCAUCAUUACAUGAUAGACAUUUUGAUAAAAUAGAAAAUAUGUUUUCUUCAAAUAAUAAAAUAAUGCUAAUAAAUGAAGGAAUUUUAAAUAAUGAUAAAAACAUUGGAUCUAUAAAAAUUAAUCAAUCACAAAUUUUAAAUGAUCCAGAUAAAAUAUAUUUAGGAAAAAAUAUAAUGAUGGUAUAUUCUUCCCAAAAUAUAAAAAAUCGAGAAAAACAAGACCUUAAUUUAAAAGGCAAUAAUUCAAAACAUUUAUGUCAUAAAAUAAAAAAAAGUAAUAAUAUAAUUAGAAAUAAUUUGUCUAUUAUUGAUUAUAAUAAAUAUAUAAAUCGAGAAAAACCAGAAGUAGGUGGAGUAACAACAUUUAUACAAAACUAUGAAAAUCAAGGCCUCGAUUUUAUUUAUCCUAGUAUAAUAAAUAAUAUGGAUCGUGUUAGUCCGAUUGAAAUUAUUAAUAAAAAUAAUCAAAAUUUUGAAAAUGAUAAUUUUGAUAAUAUUUCAUGUUCAUCAUCUUUAUUAUUUUAUUCUUCUUCAUCAAAUGCUUUUUUUUCUAAAACUGAAAUUUCGGAUAAAUCGUCAAUAAAUUCAUUAUCACAAUUAUUAUCAAAAUCUUACUGUUCAAUUUCUUCAUCUAAUAAUUUAUCGACAAUUCCAUCUGUUUCUUCAUCUUCUUCAUUUUCAAUUUGCUCAUAUUCGUCUUCAGCAUUUUCUCCUUCUGUUUAUGAUACAACAUCUAACAUUACAUCUAGUUAUGAUUAUAUUUCUGAUAUUGAUUCAGAUCUUUCUUCACAUUCUGUUCAUUCAUUACCAUUCCCUUUACCACAUAAUAAAUUAGAAAGACCUAUUGAUCCCAUAAGCAACAAAAAUAAUGUUUUUAACGAAAGGGGGAAGCAAGAAAUGUUAGAUGUAAAAGUUGGUGAUUCUACAGAAAUCAGAACCCAAUUAGAUGUAAAGAAAGAAAAUAAACAAAUUCACUCAAUUUUUGCUUUCGAUUCCGCAGAUUAUUCUUCUGAUUUUUGUGAACAUAAUCAAAUAGAUAAAUCAAUGCAUCUACACAAAUCAGGACUUAAAUAUAAUAAUAAAGAGAAUUGGGAAAAUAUUAACUUAGGAUAUAUUUCAUAUAGUGAUAAUGAUAAUAAUCAUAAAUAUUAUUAUAAGUUUUACAAAUAUAAGAAGCAUUUGUAUUAUAGUAGACAAAGGAAAAAAGCAAAAGAAAAAUCAGAAAAACUGAAAAAGAUGAAAAAAUUGAAAAAUCUGAAAAAAUUGAUGGGGGCAAUGAUGGUUAUGAAAAAAGAAAAGAAAGUUAAAAUGAAUGAAAAUAGUAAAAUAACAAUAAAAAAAAAAAAAAAAAUUGCAAUUGAAGAAAUAAUAAAAAAAAAUAAUCUUAAUCAAUAUAAAUACAAUGAUAAAGUAACAAAUAAAUCGAAAAAAAAUAAAAAAGAAAAAAAAAAUACAUUAGGAUUAUAUAUAAAAAAUGUUGAAAUAGUAUAUAAUAAUAAUGUUCAAUUAAAAAAUAUAAAACUUAUUAUGUGUAACAAUCAUAAUAAUGAAGAAGAUAUCGAAACAGUUAUGGACAUAAAAUUAAAUACAUAUAAUAAUAAAACUGAUAAUAAUGUAAAGAAUAUAUUUUAUUAUUAUUAUACAGAAUUUAUUAAGUCUGUUUUUUUUUCAGAUAAAUUUUCUCAUAUUUUUGACAAAUGUGAAUCUUUUAAAGAUUCCAAGAUAAAAGAAGCAUUGAAUACGGAUAGUGAAAAAAACGAACAAAACGAAAAAAUCGAAAAAAAUCAAAAGAAAAACAAAAGACGAAUUGAUAGUGUUGAAAGUAGUUGGAAUAUUUUUAAAAAUGCAAAUGAAGUUGGAAAAAACGCAUCCAAGGAAAAUAUGAAUAUUAGCAAUUUAAAUGAAGAAAAUAUAUCUCUUAAAAAUAAAAAGCAAAAAACAAAAUGUGAUAGUACUGAUGUAUGUUCAGAAGCAAAAGAAAGUGAUGGGGAAAACCAAGGUUUAACAAAAGGGAAUGAAGCAGCAUGCCAUUCAGUAAAUGAGCAAAUAAAAGAUAUGAAUUCAUCAACAAGUGAAGAAGUUACAUUAAUUGGAGAAAUAUUUGGGGGUAAUGAACUUGAGUUAAUUAAUUCAAAUAGUAAAAAUAAUUUAGAAAAAAGUGACAAAAGUAAUGAAAAUAAUUUAUCUUUAUUUAUAAAAUAUAUUAAUAAAAUAAUUGAAAAUAUUGAAGCUCGAAUUAUAAUAAAAAAUAAUGUAUGCGAAGGUGUAUAUUGUUUAAGACAAGAAAAUGGAUUAAACAUUUAUCAAAAAAUUAGUGAUAAAAUGAAAAAAAAAUGUAAACUAAAAAAUAUAAAGAAAGAAAAAAAUAAAAAUGCCAAAGUAAAUAGCAAAAUCGCAAAUAUUAAUUCUUUUAAAAAUAUAAACAUAAAUAUAAAAAUUAAUAAUAAUAAAACUUAUAUAAAAAGUGGAAAUACCAAUAAUAAUAAUAAUAAUAAUUAUCCGGUUUGCACUGAGUUAAAAAAAAGAGUAGACAUAAAUAAAUAUUCUUAUUUAUUUUAUAGAUUGCCAUUUUUUAUUUUUGGUAACAAAUAUAUUACUGAUAUAGAGAAUUUCAAAACUAUAUAUAAUAUUAGUGAGUUAUUUCAAAAUAACAACGAAAUUGUAGAUUCGAAAAAUAUUUUAACUGUGGUUGAAUUGCUUAAAUCUUAUUCAAAUCAUGCAUUUUUCAAAAAAAAUCCAAAUUCAUUAAAACGCUCUUUUACAGAGAAAGAUGAAAAGACAUGGAAAAAAAACCCUCUCGAUUUAUUGGGAAAUUCAGAGGAAUUAAAUUUUCAAAGCAAAGGUGUUUUGACUGAAAUAAAUGUAGAAUUGAAUAAUAAAAAAGUAGAUAUAAUUGAAAAUAAGGAAGAAAUCCAUGAAAAUGAUGGAAAUGUAGUUGAAAAUGUGGAUAAAAUUAAAGAUAGUGGAAAUGGAGAAGAUAAGGAAAUUGCAACAUUAUGUUUGUCAAAAGGAAAUUCAAAUAAAAAAGAAAAAAAAAAAGAAAAAAAAAAAAAUCCAAAUAACAAUAUAGAGGAAGAAUGGGGGGGUUAUAAUGAAAAUCAAAAUUGUGAACAAAAUAAAGAAACUCAAUAUUAUGCUAAUAAAAGUUUUAAUAUAAUUUUUUGUUUAUUUGAUAAUGGAAGUAAUAUAUAUUUAUUAAUAUAUGAAUCUGAUAGUGAUAAUAGAAAAAAACAUGUAAAAAAAAAAAAUGAAUUUAAUAACAUUGAUUAUUAUUUUAAAGAAAUGUAUGAAACACUUCAUGAAAAUACAUAUAAAGAAGAUGCAUACAAAAUUUUAAAAUCUAUUUUUUCAGUAAGCAAUAAUAUAAACAAUGAUGUGAAAAAUAUUUUGUAUAAUACUAGUACAGAAGAUAAAUGUGAAAAUAAAACCGGAGGGGAAAUUGAAAUUAAAUUAAAUACUACUAGUUCUAAUAAAUUAAGCCCAAAUAAAAUUAAUUCAAAAAAUAUGGCUAUAAACAAUAUGCAAUCCAAUAUAAAUAAAACAAUUUCAACAAAAAAUAAUCUAAACAAUUAUAAAAAUAAGGGUAAUAAUAUUCAUGAUGAAGAAAUUAAUAGUCAUAGAAUAAAUGAAAUAAUGUUAAACAAAAAAUUAUUGCAAAAUAUUUUAUCAAAUUUUAAAUUUUUUAAUAUUACAAAAAAUAAAGGCUUAAAAUUGUCUAGGGUUUUUGAGUUAACAUAUUAUGAUUAUUUAUUUUUAAAAAAACAUAAAUUUUUUUAUUCGAAAAAAGGGGUUAAAAUAUAUGAUGGAUGUAAUAACCCAUAUAAAUUAUUGUCUGCUCAAAAAUAUGUAAAUACUGAUUUAGAUAAUUCUAAUAUUAUUUUGAAACAGAAUGAAGAAUAUGACGAUUUUAAAAAAAAUGAUAAUAUGCUAUCUUAUAAAUUUAAGCAAAUUACAAACAAAUUUUAUUUCAAUAUUUUUGAUCCAAAUAAUAGUUCCUUCUAUUUUCGAGGAAUUCCACAAAGAAAUGUUAAUCCUUAUAAUUGUCUUAUUAGCUUAAAUAAUAUUUCCAACCAUUUUAAUCUUAAAAAUAUUGAUUCGUAUACAAAAAAUUCAAAAGAUAUAUUAAUACCAAACAUGAAUUUUAUAAAAUUAGUUCAAGGAAAUUAUGAUAAUUUAUUGGAAUUGUUUGGAAAUAAAAAUUUUGAAAAUAUUUUGAGGGGUAAAAAAAUAGAUAUUUUAAAAAAAAAAUACAUAAAUAGUAAUUCUAAAGAUAAACAAAAUAAUAAAAAAUGCAUAUCAAAACAAAGAGAUAAAAAUAAAAAAAAAAAAAAAAAAAGCUUGAUUAUAAAUGUGGGUGAAAAAGUAACUACUAUUACAAAUACAGAUGAUGUUGAUAAAUUUUCAAAUAAAAUAAAUAACUCAAUAAAUAAAAGUGAAGAAACAAAUUCAAAUAAAACAGGAGAAUAUAUUAGCAAAGAAAAACAAAUAAAAGAUUUAAUUAAUGAGGAUACAAAGAACUUAUUAGAUGAUAUUAACUUAAAUGGACGAAUUGAGCAAGUUAUUGAUAAAUACACUAAUUUGGAAUAUGAAAUAAAUGCUACUACUGCUGCUAAUAAUAAUAAUGAUAACAAUAAUAUUAUUAACAUAAAAAGAAACAACAAUAAACGAUAUAUAAACAAUGAUUCUUCUGCAUCGUGUAUUAAUUCGUUUAGUACUUAUGAUAUUUAUAAACUUUUUUUAUUCGAUAAUUGCCAAAAUAGUAAAGUACAAGAAGUUAAAGACAAUAAUGAAAGUUUAGGAAAUGAUCAAAUUGAAAAUGGAAAAAAUCUUGAAUCGUUUAUCAUAAAUAAAUCUGAAAAUAACAACCAAAACAAUAGCAUUAUUGAAAAGACAGGAAAUAAAGAUGAAAAAAUCGAUCAAAUUGAAAAGAAAAAUAUAACGGAUUAUCUUUUAAAUAAAUAUGCAUUAAAUUGCUUUAGAAAUUAUGUUAUAAAUAAAAAACAAACUGAAUUUUUUUAUAAAAAUAUAAAAAGUUUUAUAAAUUCUUUAGAAAAAAAACAAUUAUUUUCAGAUAUAAACAAUAUAUUAUCUUUUUGUAAUAACGAAAAAAAAUAUAUGAACAAAAUUAAAUGGGAGUCAAUUUUAGAAGAUAAAGAUAAUAAUUAUUUGAAAAAUACUAAUUUUAAUGGGUUCUAUUCUAAAUCGAAAGUUUCAUAUAGUUUUGACGCUGAUCAUCAAUAUAAUGUUACUAAUUAUUAUGAAAAUAAUCAAGAAAAAUAUGGUAAUAAUAUUUAUCAACAUUUUAAUACGACAUUUUCAUAUACUAGUAAGUUCAAAAUCUGUAACGAAGAAUUUAAAAAUAAUUCCCCAUCUAAAAAUGUAAAAAAAAAUAAUAAAUAUUUUUUAAAUGAAGUUAAAAAAAGUCCAAAUAAUGAAAAAGAUAUAAAUAUUUCACCAAAAAAAAUAAUCGAGGAAUAUAAAAACCUGGAAAAUUUCAAUUAUACAAUUGAUGAUAAUAUGAAAAAUAUGAAAAAAUUAUAUCAUAAUAUAAAUAAAGAAGUAGUAAAAAAUAAAUUAUUACUAGUUAAUAAAAUAAUAGAAGAAAAUCAUGAAUUUAAUAUAUCAGAUAUGCCUAUGUAUGUUAAUCUUGUUUUCUAUAAAUAUCUAUGUGUAAAUAAUUGGAAUCAUUUAAUACAUAGUUUGAAGGAAAGUUUUAUAAAGCAAGAAAUAUUUUUUUUAAGUCAAUUAGAUGCUAAAAAUUCCCAAAUUAAUGAAUUUGAUAAGAAUGGCAAAGUAAGUAAUAGUAGUAUCACUUCUCAAAAAAGUUGUCAAAACAAUGAAAUAAAAAAAACAUGCACAAAAUCUGUUUCUGAUUUUCAACACAUAGAACAGCAACGUACACAAGAAUGUGAUUCUAAAAAUAUUUCAACUCCAAGUAUAUCAGAUUCUAAAGGAAAUGAGAAUGUCAUAUCUGAAACCAUAGAAAACAAAGAAAAAUUGAGUGAUCAUAAUAAAAGAACAGAAAAUGGUAAAGAUAAUAAAACAGGAAAAGAGGGUGAUAAAAAAAGUGAUGUAUUGUGUAGUGUAUGUUUUUACAAAGAAGAUAGUAACAUAAAUAUUAUGUACAAAUGUGCAAAUUGUUCUGUGCAUGUUCAUAAAUAUUGCUAUGGUAUUUAUCAUAAAGGAAAAGUCGAGGAUUUUUUAUGUGAUAAAUGUAAAUUUAGUAAAUAUUUGACAAAAAUGUAUCAAAACGAAUUUAAUGCAAAUAAAUCAAAUAAUUUAAAAAAUAAAAAAAAUAAAAAAAAUUCAAACACCAAUUCGAAAUAUGGAUUAAAUAAUAGUAAUAUCGAUAACACAUGUUAUGGUACUAAUAUAUUAAGCAUCCAGGAAUUUAAUUAUUUUAAUAAUAAAAUAAAUAAUUUAUUUAAUAAUACAAAUAAUAAUAAUAAUAAUAAUAAUUCUGAAGUUAAAAAUAAAAGCUUAUCAAAUGGAAAUAAUAAUAUUGCUCUUUUUGAAAAAAUAAUAAAAAGUGUUGAAGAUAGUUGUUGUUAUAUUUGCAAAAAAAAUGGUGGAGCUUUAAAAAAAACAACAAAUAAACAUUUUGUUCAUGUUUUUUGUGUUUUAUUUUUUAUAUUAAAAGUUUUUUGUUUGAAUGUUUAUAAUUUGAAUUUUUGGGAUAUAAAUAAUUUGAAAUCCUAUGAAAAAGUAUGUUUUAUAUGUAACAAAAAAGGAGCUGUUGUAAAAUGUGCAUGGAAUGGGGAAAAUAAAAAUCAGAAAACAAAAAGUGUAGACGAGUUGAAAAAUGAAAAUAAAAUAAUAUCUAAUAAUUGUGAUAUGAAUAAUUUUAAAAAAGAUAAUUUAUUUGACCAAUCUAAAAAAAACGAAAAUUAUUGUGACAAAUAUUUCCAUCCAAUGUGUGCAUAUUUAGAAGGAUAUCAUAUAAAUGUUGAAAUAUAUGAGGAUAAAUUUGUAAAUGUAUAUUUUUAUGAUAAUUGUUUUUCUUUAUUUCGUUUUAUAACACAUUGUAACAAUCAUAUUCCUAAAGAUUCUUACCAAAACAGAGAAUUUGUCAAAGAAAAAAGAACAUCAUUAUAUAUUAAAAAUAUCACUAACGAAUCUAAUUCAAAUAAUAAAAUUAAUGAAAAACUCCAAAAAGUUAAAAUCAAAAAUGAAUCUCCAACUAAAAUUAAUACAAAACCUCAUCCUUUACGCCAUAAUUCACAAAAAAAUAUUUCCAUCCCUUCACCAAAUAAAGACGAAGCAACUGGAACCACAAUACAAAAAGAGGAUAAAUAA